UCUAAUAGUAAGUUAGAAAAGAAAAAUUAAUCAGGAAUCUAUGAGAUUUAGAAAUUGGCCGUAAUUUCUGUUCUUAAGAGAACUGUUGAUACUUUUUUUGGAAUGCCUUUGGCAUUCCUUCCCCUUGAUCUCACAGCAUUCUACGGAAACAAACCACACGGCAGCUAGAAUCGAGAUGGGAAUACACUGCCAGGUGUUAAUUAACAGCCUGGAAACAAUUAGAAGAUGCCAAUCAGUACAGAAACACAGCACUAUCAACUUGGCUGCCCGUGGGCACUGGCCAACUUCACCAGAAUCACAGAACGUUCUGAGUUGCAAGAGACGCACAGGGCUCAUGGAGCCCAGCCCCUACGCGAGGGGCGCAUACGAGGAUGGAACGCAGGACCUGUGCCAGGUUCACCUUGCUCUUAAUCCAUGUGAAGAUCUGUUGGAAACACCUUCUAGAAACGCAAGAGUUUUCAGCCUCCUUAUAAAUUCUGUUGUGUCCAAGAACAGCCUGCCCAAAUGAGCAAGACAUCCCAACAGAACACAACCACAGAUGCGAGCGGAGUAAGUGUGAUUCACACUCAAGCACACUCCAGUGGUUUGCAGCAGGUUCCCCAGCUGGUGCCAGUUAGUCCUGGUGGUGGAGGCAAAGCUGUGCCUCCGAGCAAACAGGGAAAGAAAAGUUCCUUUGUGGAUAGAAACAGUGAUGAGUAUCGUCAGCGCAGAGAGCGAAACAACAUGGCCGUGAAAAAGAGCCGGUUAAAAAGCAAGCAGAAAGCACAAGACACACUGCAAAGGGUCAACCAGCUUAAAGAAGAAAAUGAACGUUUAGAGGCAAAAAUUAAACUCCUGACCAAGGAGCUGAGCGUACUGAAAGACUUGUUCCUUGAGCAUGCCCACAAUUUUGCAGAUAACGUGCAACCUGUUGGCACUGAGACCACCACAACAAAUCCAGAAAACAGUGGACAGUAGAUACCUGCGACCUUAUGAAAAAACUCUUGAGCUGCAGCUUGUCUGCAGUGCCCGUGCAGUAACCCAGCAAAAACUGUACCUUUACUCAUUGUUUUGUGGAGAUUUUCUUCUUUUAGAUUUAACACUGAAGAUUUGUAACAAUUAAACCAGAAACUGGUUAGGGUGUUUUAAAUGUUUUUCUCCUCAAAGAUUUAUGCAGAUCUGAACUCCUAGCCAGCAAGGAAUGUAAUAUUUAGGAGUUAACAUUUUCACCGGAAUAUUCACUUACCAUUUUAGACUUCACAUAAUGGGAGGAAUCCAGCAGGAUGGCUCACUGUAGUAUCAGAAACUUGUAAUUGGACAGAACAUCUUUAAAUACCUGUUAGCGUAUUUUUGCCCUUUGUUUUCUCCAUUACGUAUUACAAACUGCAAAGGCUGCGGAGAAUUUUUGCUUUUUACUUUAAAUCUGUAGAAUUGAAGUCCUAUGAAGCACCCCAUAGGUCCCUCCUGCCCAGUUAUAGUUAAUGGGGAGGUUGUAGUGAUAGUGAGCUGGGAUGCUUACCAAUGUUCACCAGAAAAAUAACAAUAUGCUCCGAUGAUAUAUACAGGCAGUUGGCCUCCAAAUGGCUCAUGAAGCAUCCUGUACAGGAGGCAAAGCAGCACACUGACAAAGCCUUUUAUUUAAGCUUGUAUUUCAUAUUGCUCACAUAGUGACUGGGCCUUAUGAGAACAAGAGUUUGUUUGCAGAAAAUUUCAAAAUGCUACCAAAAAACUGUGCCCUGCAAAAUUGCAUUCUUGCUGAAAGGGAGGUAUUGGGGAGAACAAGAAGUGCAGCUUGGCUUAGCAGUGGAAGGGGCAGGACAGCAGGUGUUCAGCUGGAUGUAUGGAUCACUACUGGCUGACAUUAAUCUUACAGAAAUUUACAGUGAUUUUAAAAAUAAAUGGCCCUAGUAACUGAUUUGGUGAAAUUUCUACAGCUAUCAUACAUCUGUGUGAAGGAGUAUCUUUAGUCUUGUUUAAUUUCCAUAAAAGUUUUUCUGUAGCAACUUUUUUAUUGCUACUGCGUAGUCUUUGCCAUGAUCCAUAAUGCAGAGCUAUGUGCUAUACUGAGGAUUUAAACAAAGUAAAGCAGGAACUUUGAUGUAACUUUAAUUUAUUUUAAUUUUUAAAUAUUUCAUUGAUGGUAUGGUUAUUUUACAUUUAACCUGUGUGUCUGUCUUGUAGAUUACUACACCGUCUUAAUUUCCCUCUUACACUACCUUUGUCCAUAGAUUAUUUUGGAGGAUGCUUGUUUGCUUUGUAUCUGCACUUAGGAAAAAACUUGGAUGUUAUCUCUAUGAAGAUACUGUUAGAGAAUGAAACCUUGAAAAGUUCUUUUUUGAAUUUAAACUUUUAAUACAUGUGGAAAACUUUAAUGGAUUGUUUUGAAUUAUGUUAGACUUUUUACAGAUAUGUUUUUUUUCAUUCUAACUGCAUCUGAAGUUGGUAGGGUUGAAAUACCAGACGCUAAUAAAAAUGUUUUGCUUGUAGUA